AUGGAAUCACGCCCUGAACUCAAUUCCCAUUACAACGAAGACUCAUCGGCGCAGUUUACGCCCGCACUACAAAACGGCAGCAUCCCCGCGCCUGGAACUCCCGGUGCAGGCAACAUUGCUCUGCCAGCGUCUCCAUAUUCUCCUGGAAUGCGCUCCAAUAUGGCGCUACAAAGGAGGCAGUCGAAUGAGCCAAAUCCUUUUGACAAUGUGAGUGCGGGGGAGAUACAGAUGCAGAGUUUUCAAGAAGGUCUUCCCCCACCGCCGCCCGCACAACAUUCAUGGAAAAAGAUCAAUCGCUGGGCGGAGGAGAACUACGAGGAGCUUCAUGAUCAAUUAUCAGAAGGAGCUACACAAAAUGAUGUCAACGAAUUGGAACAUGAGCUUGAUAUUUCGCUACCUGUGGAAGUAAGAGAGUCGCUACAGACACAUGACGGUCAGGAAAGAGGAGGUCGGCCAACAGGCAUCAUUUUCGGCUGCAUGUUGCUGGACUGCGAGGAGAUUGUUCAGGAGUGGCAGAAUUGGAAAGUAGUGAACGAAGCGUACCUCUCUCCUCCAUCCAGUAGUCACGGAAUGCCACUACCAAAAGCAUUUGCGGGCCCGUCCUCGUCAUCCUUCAAUUCAUUGUCCCAACAACAAUCCGCGAAUCCACUUUGGCGACAGCAGCUAGUCGAACGUCAGGAUUCGCAACCGCCUAGAGCAGUACAGAAAGCUUAUGCUCAUCCCGGAUGGAUUCCGCUUGCGAGGGACUGGGGUGGGAACAAUCUUGCUGUGGACCUCGCACCAGGCGCUGCUGGCACGUGGGGCCAAGUCAUUAUCUUCGGUCGCGAUUACGAUUGCAAGUAUGUGGUCGCCCGGUCAUGGUCUGCUUUCUUGGCUAUGGUGGCAGACGACCUACAGAGUGGCAGAUGGUUUGUCGAGGAAGAGACUCAGGAGCUUAAGCUUAGAGAAUUCAAGACUACCAAUGUGGAACCCGGAUACCUCGACAUUCUAAGGUGGAGGAUGGACCAAAAAUACGGUAGACGAAACAAUCGACGAAGGGGUCCCGGACCCGGUUCGCCCAGACAUUCAAAUGCCAGUGGGUCUCCCUACGGUAGCCCUACAGAUGAACGAGGUCGUUCGCCCCAACGGUUUCCCACUCGAGGGCCUCAAGGCUCGGUCACGAGUCCAACCCAGGUUGGAAAGCCAAGUCCAUUAGGAAUCGUCAGUGAAGAAAACAAUCUGCCUAAGCUGGACACGGACGUCAGAUCGAAGAAGGAAUUCACGCGUCAAGAUAGCAACCUGAUGGAAUUGAAUACACCCACAAUCGAUGAUGCCCAGAAACAUAAGUCCUUUGUCGAUAAAAUCCCAUCGGAUACCUUGAGCAAUGCUACAAAUGGCUCAAAACGUCCGGCAUCCAAAAUCACUGGUCUUGGGGUUGACGGUGUUGAUGACAUGAAGAGCGUCGACAUAUGA